AUGAGAAUUUUUAAAAGUCAUCCUUUCUUAAAAUUAGUUAAUGCUUAUCUUAUAGAUCAUUCACAACCAACUAACAUAAAUUAUAUGUGAAAUUUUGGUUCUUUAUUAGGAGUAUGUUUAGUUAUCCAAAUCGUAACAGGUGUUACUUUAGCAAUGCACUAUAACCCUAGUGUAGCUGAAGCUUUUAACUCUAUAGAACAUAUUAUGAGAGACGUAAAUAACGGAUGAUUAAUACGUUACUUACAUAGUAAUACAGCUUCUGCUUUCUUCUUUUUAGUAUACUUACAUAUAGGAAGAGGUAUGUAUUAUGGAUCAUAUAGAGCACCAAGAACAUUAGCUUGAGUUUUAGGAACAAUAAUCUUUAUAGUAAUGGUUGUUACAGCCUUUUUAGGUUAUGUUUUACUUACGGUCAAAUGAGUUUAUGAGGUGCUACUGUUAUUACUAACCUUAUAAGUGCUGUACCUUGAAUAGGUCAAGAUAUAGUUGAAUUUAUCUGAGGAGGUUUUUCAGUUAAUAAUGCAACUUUAAAUAGAUUCUUUGCUUUACACUUUGUAUUACCUUUUGUAUUAGCUGCUUUAGUUUUAAUGCAUUUAAUAGCUUUACACGAAACUGCUGGUGCAAGUAAUCCUUUAGGUGUUCCAGGUUAUUAUGACAGAAUACCUUUUGCUCCUUACUACUUAUUUAAAGAUUUAAUUACAAUAUUUAUCUUUAUUUUUGGAUUAAGUUUAUUUGUAUUCUUUAUGCCUAAUGUUUUAGGAGAUAGUGAUAAUUAUAUUAUGGCUAAUCCAAUGCAAACUCCUCCUGCUAUAGUUCCAGAAUGAUAUCUUUUACCAUUCUACGCUAUAUUAAGAUCUAUACCUAACAAAUUAUUAGGUGUUAUAGCUAUGUUAGCUGCUAUAUUAAUUAUACUAGCUUUACCUUUAGUAGAUUUAGGUAAAUCUAAAGGUUUACAAUUUAGACCUUUAAGUAAAGUAGCUUUCUGAAUUUUUGUAGCUAAUUUCUUAAUAUUAAUGCAAUUAGGAGCAAAACAUGUUGAAUCUCCAUUUAUAGAAUUUGGACAAAUUAGUACAGUUUUAUAUUUCUCUUAUUUCUUAAUAAUAAUACCUGUAGUUAGUGUAACAGAAAAUAUAUUAGUUGUUUUAUCAACAAAUAACAGCUUUCUCGGCAAGUAA